AUGGGGCGGGUCGCACAUAGCAGUGCCAGGUGCUGCUCUGGGUGCGCAUUGCCUUCGUCUUGCAUUUGCGCUUUUGUGGCGGUGGGCAACAACACACUCGGCGAGCGAGCGAUCUCCCCGGAGGCAAGGCAAGUCGCCAGCAGCACCCGAACCCUCGUCCCCCUUCCCUCCCUCCCUGCGGUUCCUCCCUCCUCUCGCAGCUCAAAGGCAACAGGGGAUAGUUUCCGUUUGCACGUCGUCUCAACCAUGGAGUGGGAAGCGCAAUGCCUCGAGUGCGACGAAGUACUGGACGACGAAGACCUCAUGAGCACGCAAGAGUCCGAGGCGGGCGAGGUGCUGGGGCUGCUCGCGUCGGAGGCGCCCUGGUCCGCCGAGCUCUCCUUCGAGGAGCAAAAUCUUGUGGCACUGGAGGACCGCGACGUGGACAUCGUGUACCGCGCCAUGCUGCGCCAGGAGCUCGUGCGCCCGGACUUCUCCAAGCAGUACGAGUACGUCAAGUACCGCCGCGUGCUCGUCGAGUGGAUGGCCGACGUGGGGGAGACCCACCUACGCAUGCGCAAGGAGUACGUGCACGCCGCCGUGGGGUACUUGGAGAAGAUGCUGGCCCGAGACGCGCCGCUGCCCCGCAAGGACCGGUUCCAGCUGCUGGCGCUCAGCUGCCUGCGCAUGGCGCUCAAGUUCCUGGGCACGGACGAGGAGCUGCCGCCCAUGGCCGAGUUCUGGGAGAUGGGCAACCGCAUGUACUCGUUCGAGGAGAUCAGCGACGCCGAGGCCGACAUCUUCCAAAAGUGCGUGAGGUCUUUAUUGUUCGUCACGCAGCAGCAAACCACCAACGGCCCCCUUUUGAGUGGGAGUUUUGCUUUGCUGCAAAGUGGACACGUGUGGUGCCGUAACCUCCUUUGCGCUAAAUUUGCUUUGGUGACGUACUUGUGUGCCUGCAGACUGGGAUGGCGACUCACGGUCGUGACGCCGCUGCACUUCCUGCAGCACUACAUUGGCCAGACCGUGCUCUUCGCCGACGACAGGUUGCUGGGAUCCGAGCUCGUGGACGAAGCGCACGGCUACUAUUGCAAGUACGCAGAGUUCUUCGUGGACCUCGUGCUACAGGAGUAUUCGCUGCAGGUGUACCGACCGUCAGUCGUCGCCGCGAGUAUUUUAGUGGCGUCCCGCAAGGCGCUCGGGGUCACCCCACUCUGGCGGGACGAGCUGUCCGUGCUCACGGGCUACGACGAGAAGCAGGUGGCGCCGUGCUUUCAAGCUGUGUGGGAACACUUUGAAGCGACCUUCGGCCCUCGCAACAAGAACUACGAGCGGGACGACUCCCCUACCGGCGUGGCCGACUUCUGA